AUGGGCCGUGGGGCCGGACGCGAGUCCUCGCCCGCAGCCACCACUGCAGAGAAUGGAGGCGGCAAGAAGAAGCAGAAGGAGCGGGAGCUGGACGAGCUGAAGAAGGAGGUGGCCAUGGAUGACCACAAGCUGUCCUUGGACGAGCUGGGCCGCAAGUACCAAGUGGACCUGUCCAAGGGCCUCACCAACCAGCGGGCCCAGGACAUUCUGGCCCGGGAUGGGCCCAACGCCCUCACCCCGCCCCCGACCACCCCCGAGUGGGUCAAGUUCUGCCGCCAGCUUUUCGGGGGCUUCUCCAUCCUGCUGUGGAUCGGGGCCAUCCUCUGCUUCCUGGCCUACGGCAUCCAGGCUGCCAUGGAAGAUGAGCCAUCCAACGACAAUCUGUAUCUGGGCGUGGUGCUGGCCGCUGUGGUCAUCGUCACCGGCUGCUUCUCCUACUACCAAGAGGCCAAGAGCUCCAAGAUCAUGGACUCCUUCAAGAACAUGGUUCCGCAGCAAGCCCUCGUCGUGCGGGAGGGUGAGAAGAUGCAGAUCAACGCGGAGGAAGUGGUGGUGGGCGACCUGGUGGAGGUGAAGGGUGGAGACCGUGUCCCUGCUGACCUCCGGAUCAUCUCUUCCCAUGGCUGUAAGGUGGACAACUCAUCCCUAACCGGGGAGUCAGAGCCCCAGACCCGCUCCCCCGAGUUCACCCAUGAGAACCCCCUGGAGACUCGCAAUAUCUGUUUCUUCUCCACCAACUGUGUGGAAGGCACUGCCAGAGGCAUCGUGAUUGCCACCGGUGACCGGACGGUGAUGGGCCGCAUAGCCACCCUGGCCUCCGGCCUGGAGGUGGGGCGGACCCCUAUUGCCAUGGAGAUUGAACACUUCAUCCAGCUGAUCACGGGGGUGGCUGUGUUUCUGGGCAUCUCCUUCUUUGUGCUCUCCCUCAUCCUGGGCUACAGCUGGCUGGAGGCCGUCAUCUUCCUCAUCGGCAUCAUCGUGGCCAACGUGCCUGAGGGGCUGCUGGCCACCGUCACGGUGUGCCUGACGCUGACAGCCAAGCGCAUGGCGAGGAAGAACUGCCUGGUGAAGAACCUGGAGGCGGUGGAGACGCUGGGCUCCACGUCCACCAUCUGCUCUGACAAGACGGGCACCCUCACCCAGAACCGCAUGACCGUCGCCCACAUGUGGUUCGACAACCAGAUUCACGAGGCCGACACCACCGAAGACCAGUCUGGGGCCACGUUUGACAAGCGAUCGGCCACUUGGACGGCCCUGUCUCGGAUUGCUGGCCUCUGCAACCGUGCCGUCUUCAAGGGUGGGCAGGAGAACAUCUCUGUGUCUAAGCGGGACACAGCUGGGGAUGCCUCCGAGUCCGCUCUGCUCAAGUGCAUCGAGCUGUCCUGCGGCUCCGUGAGGAAGAUGAGGGACAGGAACCCCAAGGUGGCGGAGAUUCCUUUCAACUCCACCAACAAGUACCAGCUGUCCAUCCACGAGCGAGAAGACAGUCCCCAGAGCCACGUGCUGGUGAUGAAGGGGGCCCCGGAGCGCAUCCUGGACCGGUGCUCCUCCAUCCUGGUGCAGGGCAAGGAGAUCCCGCUGGAUAAGGAGAUGCAGGAUGCCUUCCAGAACGCCUACAUGGAGCUGGGAGGGCUCGGCGAGCGAGUGCUGGGGUUCUGUCAACUGAAUCUGCCCUCCGGGAAGUUUCCCCGUGGCUUCAAAUUCGACACCGAGGAACUGAACUUCCCCACGGAGAAGCUCUGCUUCGUGGGGCUCAUGUCCAUGAUCGACCCUCCCCGGGCUGCUGUGCCCGACGCCGUGGGCAAGUGCCGGAGUGCAGGCAUCAAGGUGAUCAUGGUGACCGGGGACCACCCCAUCACAGCCAAGGCCAUUGCCAAAGGCGUGGGCAUCAUCUCGGAGGGCAACGAAACGGUGGAGGACAUCGCCGCCCGGCUCAACAUCCCCGUCAGCCAGGUCAACCCCAGAGAGGCCAAGGCGUGCGUGGUGCACGGCGGGGACCUGAAGGACAUGACGUCGGAGCAGCUGGACGAGAUCCUCAGGAACCACACGGAGAUCGUGUUCGCGCGCACGUCGCCGCAGCAGAAGCUCAUCAUCGUGGAGGGCUGCCAGCGGCAGGGCGCCAUCGUGGCGGUGACGGGCGAUGGCGUGAACGACUCCCCGGCGCUGAAGAAGGCGGACAUCGGCAUCGCCAUGGGCAUCGCGGGCUCCGACGUGUCCAAGCAGGCGGCCGACAUGAUCCUGCUGGACGACAACUUCGCCUCCAUCGUCACGGGCGUGGAGGAGGGCCGCCUGAUCUUCGACAACCUGAAGAAAUCCAUCGCAUACACCCUGACAAGCAACAUCCCUGAGAUCUCCCCGUUCCUGUUCUUCAUCAUCCUCAGCAUCCCCCUACCUCUAGGCACCAUAACCAUCCUCUGCAUCGACCUGGGCACGGACAUGGUCCCUGCUAUCUCUUUGGCCUAUGAGAAAGCUGAAAGUGACAUCAUGAAGAGGGUUCCACGGAACCCAAAGACUGACAAACUGGUGAACGACCGUCUCAUCAGCAUGGCCUAUGGACAAAUUGGGAUGAUUCAGGCUCUGGCUGGAUUCUUUACGUACUUUGUGAUUCUGGCCGAAAAUGGUUUUAGGCCUAUUGAUCUGCUGGGCAUCCGCAUCAACUGGGAAAAUCGACAUUUUAAUGACCUGGAGGACAGCUAUGGACAGCAGUGGACCUACGAGCAGCGGAAGGUGGUGGAGUUCACCUGCCACACGGCCUUCUUCGUCAGCAUCGUGAUCGUGCAGUGGGCCGACCUCAUCAUCUGCAAGACCCGCCGCCUCUCCGUCUUCCAGCAGGGCAUGAAAAACAAGGUCCUGAUAUUCGGCAUCGUGGCGGAGACAUUGCUGGCUGCUUUUCUGUCCUACACUCCAGGCAUGGAUGUGGCCCUGCGAAUGUACCCCCUCAAGAUCCUCUGGUGGUUCUGUGCUGCUCCCUACUGCAUUCUGAUCUUCAUCUAUGAUGAAAUAAGGAAGCUCAUCCUUCGCCAUAAUCCUGGAGGCUGGGUGGAAAAGGAGACCUACUACUAA